GCGUCGCUUCGAGACCCGCGGUUUCAAGAUCCUUGCCCUCCAGCUUGUCCACCCUAGCAAGGAGCUCCUGAGCGAGCACUACUCGGACCUCGCCGGCAAGGCCUUCUUCCCCAGCCUGCUCGCCUACAUGCAGUCCGGCCCCGUUGCCGCUUUUGUCAUCCAGGGCAAGGGUGCUGUCAAGAUUGGCCGCGUUAUGCUCGGUGCCACUAACCCCCAGGACUCCGCCCCCGGCACCAUCCGUGCUGACUUUGCCCUGGAUAUUGGAAAGAACGUCUGCCACGGCUCCGACUCGGUUGAGGCUGCUGAGCGCGAGAUCGGCCUGUGGUUCCCCCAGGGUCUCAAGUCCUACACCCGCGCUGUUGACACCGUCCUCUACGAGUAA